ACAUGACUUCCAACGUCGAUGAGCUUCAGAAAGAGAUCUCGGCGCUCAAGGAACUGCAGGCACAUGUGGGCAGGCUGCGAAAGGUUCCUCAUGAUUUGUUGAAUGUGAACGCGAAGAAGGAAGUACGGCUGCAAGCAAAGCUGGAGGAGGUGCAAAAGGCCAAGGAAGCCGUGGAGAGUAGCCAGGUACAACAAGCGCUAGAACACGCGGCAUCGAGUGAAAAGAAAGAUGGAUCUGGGGUCGAUGUGACGCGAGGCAGCGUUAAACGAAGGUCGAGGUCACCGCAGCCAUAUGUCGCCGAAAAGAAGACAAAGAAGAGCAUUUUCCCAGAGGGAACUGUCAUUAACACGAUCGAAGAACUCAAAGCUUGGAUACGGACUUGGAAUCGCGACCACAGUGGCAAAGUGCAUCUCUGGCGCGCGAGACGUGGCGACACUGGCGAUGAUAUUGUGCGCGUCGUGAUUCCCGACGUGCUUCAGGCAUAUCUUUUCCUGGGCAUUAGCCGACGCGAUGAACUGAGCGUCGAGGCCGUAACUGUCUUUGGGCCACGGGAAAAACGGGCGCCACACGCCUCGUCUGCAUUCGACGUGUUCCGACUAGUGACUGAACGGGUGAGCGGGAUGGCGGCCCGGGCCGGAGGAGCGGGGGUGGCGGAGGUAGUGUCCGCGUUGGAGGCUUACGGGGGACUAUUUGUUGCCCGCUGCGCUGUGUGCGGGCGGGUCUUGUCGGGAGAGGGUCACGUGCCGCCGGUGAGCCUAAUUUGGGGCGACGGGCGCUGGGAAUACCGACAUCUUACUUGUCAUGGACAUUAAAUAUCCGAAAAAUGUAGACAAUGCGAAUAUAUCGGGCAAAUAUAAAUGGAACAUUUUGAGC